UCGCUUGGUACCGCUCUGCACGUUAUACACUCCCUCUCACUUCACUCCGCUGUUCUGUGCCACACCGGACGUGGGCUGGCCCCCACAAGCGAAAAUACAAGCGAGUAAGAGGCCCAAGUGUUCAAGAGUAAGAGAGAUAGAGCGGGGGAACAACACAAGAGUGUCUGGCCGUAGGAAUCGAGUGGAGUAAACUCGACAGUCGAGCCGGAGCUCCCGUGACGAAAGCUUCGUCAUCCUUAUCAUUCGAAUUCAUUUCAUCCGAACUUCAUGUUGCCAGAGGAACCCAACAUUUCAAGUGAAUCCUGAUCACUUGGGAAAUAAAAAAGAAUAUAACUUGAGAGAAUUGUAAUCCAUUGGACAAAUUCGAAGACUUCGAUGAUCAUCAAUGGAGGACAUCGAGUGCAAUAGUGAUGACAAAAAAUUGUCACCUCGCGUUGUAAUUGACCGAUGACUGUGCCGAGUAAAAUUGUAGUGCGGUGACUCGUCUCGGUAGUGACUCGAACGCCUCACAGAAUUCAAUCCAAGUGGUAUUUUCAAUAAACCAGAGGAAUUUUCCAGUGAUUACAGGGAACUUUACCAGAGGUGAUAAGGGAUGCUGAAACACGUAUCGAUAUCGCCGUGGCGCAGUCGAUCGGACAGCGUGAGUCUGGCAUCGAGUAUCGGCGAUACGAGCAGUUGUGAAAGCGGAAGUCCAACCCCAGGUCACACACCACCACCCUCGAGGGCAUCAUCAUGCGCAUCACUGGCACCCCUCACUGCACUCUCAAGCUUUUCACCUGCUGACACAGCACCUCAACAGACGACAAUUAAGGUCUACGCAAACUGUCUGCGAUCUGACAUCGAAUAUAAAACGCUGUCAAUCACUUACGAAACAACAUGUCGAGAGGUUGUAGAAAAUUUGUUGAACAAGUAUAGAAUGCGACACCGUGAUCCACGAUUAUUUUAUUUAACGAUGGAAGUGACAGUUAGAAGAGCCAACGUAAGGACUAUUUUGCCACUUGACGAGGAUGCAAGACCUGCAGUUUUACAGUCAUGUCAUCCGAGAGGUGAUUCGAGGUUUUCACUGCAAACAAGACGAGGGGGACUCGUCAAAAUCUACGACAGUGCACUUAUGUCCGGGUCUAAAUACAAGAGCCUUUUGAUCUCAGAGAGAACGACUGUAGAUGAAUUAAUUCAGAUGCUGCUGAGCUGUUACAACUCUACUGAGAGGGUUGAACAGUUUUCUCUGUAUGAAGUCAGUGAGGGUGAGGAGUAUCAAAGAAAAUUGCAUCCCGAUGAUUCCCCCCUUAAAGUUACACAGAAGUGGACUAGUGUGGAUAGACACCUGCGUAUCAGGAGAAAUCCAGAUUACAACCCACACAGGAGAAAGAGUAUGUGGGCAUCAGAGUCGACAAUAAGUGCUGCCCUGUCCCGAUUAAAUCUCCACAACAAUCAUCGUCUCCAUCAUCUGUCUCAGCAGUCCCUAAACGAUGCCAAUCCCCCCCCAACUGCCAGUACAAAUAAUUCCCACUGUAUGCUUCUACGACAGUGCACCAAGCACAAGACCAACAAUCGUCACAUGCACAAUCACACGUACAAUUCAAUUCAAAAUGUCGGAAUAUCGGGAUCAACAAGUCAGCAGCAGGACUGCGUGACAAAUGUUCUUCCACGUAUUACAAAAUCUGGUCUAAUGCCACAGAGUUUACCUUCAACGCCAUUGACGUCCAAACAUCUCGCAACACCGGGAUACGCGGAUUACGAAAAUUAUCUCUACAUAUGAUACCGUAACGAGGUCUUUAUACAUUUCCAGGUAUCAAUCUGAAACUGCCGUCUUAAUCAUCAGUUUAAUUUACGGUAUUUCCUAGUAUAAUGAAUUUGUCGGUCAAUUUCAAUUGUACUAUUUUCACUCGGUGAAUAACGAGGUUUCCAGUGAACGAGAAGUAAACUAUGUCGUUAAUUGUUAAGUAAAUGAGACAAAAAUGUACCAAAGGUAGCUGUAUACUGUUCUUUUAGGCAGCGUAUUAUCAAAGUGUAAAAUUUAAUUUUAGAGAUUGAUGUUGCAUUAUGCUUGACACAGGGAAACAUUCGUCCUUAACUGAGAAAACUAUUUCUUGAAUUGAUAAUGUCUUCAACUAUCGAAUAUUGUCUUCGAUUCACUAGAGAUCUUAAGCACAAUGCUGAAUAGUUAAUUUUAACGUUGUGUUCUUCAUUUAUGAGAAUUGUAAUUACUUUCGACAAUUGUCUCAGUUUUCUGCGAAGAAAAUGAUAGACAAGUCCACCCCUCUCAUUUUGCAUUCAAGAAAUAUUUUUCUCAAUUUCAGAACAAAAUUCUCUGGGUACAUUCUACGCGUAGGAGAAUUGAUGUCGAUUAACAAGACAUUUUUUAUUAAUUUUUUUAUAGUGCUUGAACAUGUUCGGUUGAGAAUAUGUGAGCAAGUGCUUUUUUGCACUCGAAAUGAUUAAUUUGCAUGAAGUGAAGAAUUUUCCUUUGUUAGCAACGGUGACAUUAUUCUCUGAUGUAUAUAAACAAUGAUUUUUUAUUUAUUCUCUGAAAUUAUUAGUUUAAAUCAUACUAUUCGAGGCAAAUGCGUUUAUGUAUGUCAAUUGAAGUACUUUGGUGAUUAAUUAUCAGAAUAAAGUGUUCAAUUUUUUACACGUGAAAUUUUUAUAAAAGAUUUUUAAGAGUUGUGAAAUAAGUGACUGGUUUUUUUCUAUGGCUUCAUGACUUCACAAACGCGGAUAAACGGAGGAAUAAAUAAUAUGACUUGAAGCACUAAAGAGACUUAUUUCUUCACCAGGGGUACCCACUUUCAGGGGUAAUAAUGUUGUACUUGGUAGGCUCGUAAAACAGUCACCGAUAGACCGAAAAUAGUGCAUGCACCUGCGUUCUUGGAAAAGUAGAACAGGAAAAUAUAAAAAUAAAAUAUGCAAUAACUCACCGGCUCCAGCGUUUAGUUCUGAUUUUAGUUCCGCUCAAUGGGAUGUUUCAGGAGGAACCACUUAUGGCUCCUUUAUGGGCGUAAUGGUGUUGAGAGAAUUGCAUUUAAUUUAUGAAGUGUUCAAUAAUGACUGCUAAAUGACGGGGAACUUCCCCAAAACUCAU